CAGAACAGAUUAAAUGUCCACUUGAAAAAACUUUCAGUUUUAACGGUCAGGAAACGUUUGGCAUCGUUCCCACAACCAAAUUUGCUAACUGGGUAUGAAUUAAAAGUGAACAGUACCAGAGAAAUGGCCAUGUCAUUAAUGGUGUUACCGCCAAUGUGGUGUCUCCUAAAAAUGGCUGUGUCAUACUUCUAAACUGUAGAUCUCUGUCUCAGCUUUUCUCUGGGCCCCUGAUACCCAGUUUUUAUGAUCACAGCUUACAUCAAUGUGCUGAUGGUACAUAGUUAAAGUCUGGGAGGUGACCAAAGUGGCAGCAAAGAGACACAAAGAGCUUAAGCCACCGCUAAGAUCAGCAGAACAAAAUCAAACAUUAAUGUUGGGGCUUCCUAACCAGAGCAGUGUGUUUGAGAUCAUACUCUUUUCCAUAGUCUAAAGGCUUAGUGAGUGGAAUUCAUUCUGUGGUGUGAGUGAGUGACAACACUUGUAUUAGCUCACUAAUGGUACGCUAGAAGUACAGGAAACAAUGGUCAGGAUAGAGUGUGUGAUUAUGGCUGGCUUUGGCUGUCAUGAUUUACCUCAGCUGCUUUUACAUCACUACAAGACAGACAGACAGUGUCUCGGUCAGCUUGCUCUUGCUGACUGUGUGUCUUCUCAAGGCCUCAUUCGACUCCCAAGAAAACUCUUCCAUCUUGUCUUCCUCUCUAACUAUUUUACUGUGUGUUCGUCCCGCCAUCUCCUGCCUCUUAAUUCCUCUCACUCUUUCUCUCUCUUCUUCCGCUUUGUACCUCUUCCUUUCCUCGUUUUCACUGUCAUUGCAAUGUCUCACUGGAAUCCAAAUAUACAGUGGGGUCAGCCAGUGUAUACCAUUCAGUAAACACCAACUCCUUACCCCCUGUGAGAGAAGACGGGGUGGGACGGGCUCAGCCCAGUACGAGUCGUACUCGGUGGCGGGCAGUGAGGGCAGCAUCACUCCAUCCGUAGGCUCCGUGCCCCCCCAGGCCUCCGGCAGCUCCAGCCCCUGCUCUCCCUCCUCCCCUGGGGGGUCGCGGCACUCCGUCAGUGCCCUGAAGAAGUGGCUCACCAACCCUUUCCACAAGCUGAGCGUGGGGGGAGGAGAAGGAGUGGAAGGAGGAGGGGGAUGCAAGGAGGACAGGCUGGUCCACAGGCUGGAUGGGAAGCAUCCCUCUCCCCUCUUCCCUAACGGCCAAGCCCUUGUAAGGCCUCUGGAGCAGGGGGAGAACUACUCCAUCCUCCCCUGCACUGAUGGAGACUUGGGAAACUAUGGCCUGGUGAAUCCAGCGGCGUACUCUCCAGCACACCCCCUUUGCCACAGCUACCUAUCUGACCUACUACAGGACAGGGACACACACAAUAUGAACCAUCAAUGUUCCACUAUUCUCCCAGAAGAAGAAGACGGCUCCUCCCUGAUUGAUGACUCGACCAGCCAAUGGUCAGCCACCACGGACAGUGAGGAGGACAGGAGGAGUGCCUUAGAGAAGAGCAUAUAUGUGCUGACAGAGCUGAUAGAGACAGAGAAGUUGUAUGUGGAUGACCUGGGACUCAUAGUAGAGGGCUACAUGGCCAGCAUGGCCAGUCAAGGGAUUCCAGAGGACAUGAAGGGCAAAGACAAGAUAGUGUUCGGGAACAUCCACCAGAUCUAUGACUGGCAUAAAGACUAUCUCCUGGGGGAGCUGGAGAAGUGUGUGGCUGAGCCCGACAGACUGGCCCAACUCUUCAUCAAGCAUGAGCGGCGUCUCCACAUGUACGUAGUGUACUGUCAGAACAAGCCAAAGUCAGAGCAUAUUGUCUCAGAGUAUAUCGAGACGCACUUCGAGGAGCUGAGGCAGCAGCUGGGCCACAGACUACAACUCAACGACCUGCUCAUCAAACCAGUACAGAGGAUCAUGAAAUACCAACUACUGCUCAAGGACUUCCUGAAGUACUACACCAAAGCAGGAAGGGAUACCUCAGAGCUGGAGAGAGCGGUGGAGGUGAUGUGUUUCGUGCCCAAGCGCUGUAAUGAUAUGAUGAACGUGGGCAGGCUGCAGGGCUUUGAGGGGAAGAUCACAGCCCAGGGGAAGCUGCUCCAGCAGGACACCUUUACAGUCAGUGAACAGGACAGCAGCUUCCUGUCCCGCGCCAAGGAGAGGCGGGUCUUCCUGUUUGAACAGCUGGUCAUUAUCAGUGAGCCAAUCGACAGGAAGAAGGGCUUCUCUCUGCCAGGGUACACCUUUAAAAACAGCAUCAAGCUCAGUUGUCUGGGUGUGGAGGACCACUGUGAGGAGGACCCAUGUCGUCUGGUCCUGACGUCCCGUGGGCCUGAUGGGAGCGUGACGCGCUUCGUCCUGCAGGCAUCGUCCCCGGAGACGCGGAGGGCCUGGGUCAACGACGUGGUCCAGAUCCUGGAGACACAGAGGAACUUCCUCAACGCUCUCCAGUCUCCUAUAGAGUACCAGCGUAGGGAGUCCAACAGCCUGGGACGAGCAAUGAGGGCUCCCGUGGCAAUGUCCUCUGGCCUGCGACCCCACUCCUCGGCCUCCAUUGACCGCCACCGGCUACCUUACUUGCGCUCCUACAACACCUCCCUGCCCUCCCUGCACCUGCCCAGCCAGGGACCCACUGCGGACACACAGUCCACACUGUACCUUAGCAAUGCGACACGCCGUCCCUCUCACCUCCCUCUGACCAGCCCUCUGCAGCUCACCUUGUCCCCAGAGGCCAGGCACUGCCAGGGGGUGUCCAACGGCCUGUGCCCCCCUGCCCAGCACAGCUCACAGGGUGGUACUGACUGGUACCAUGGAGCCAUGCCGGGGGAGGGAGGGGCUUACGCAGCGCAUCGCUCAGGCAACCUGGAUCAGCUGACAGAACUCUCUCUGCAUGAGCAUGAGUGCUGAUAACCUGUGACUUCACAGACUGAAUGAAGGGGUGUAGGGUGAAGUUGCCGCUAGACGCUGAUCUUAGGUCAGUUUAGAAUUUCCCCCAGAUUAGGUUUGGGGGAUGGGGAAGCUGAUCCUAGAUCUGUACCUAGUGCAACCUUCACCCCAGAGCGAAUGAGGGGCAGGCUGAGAGAGCCCUGGUUAGCCUGGCUCCACUCCACUUAGGACAGGCAGGGGGCCUGGGGCAGGGUCAGUUCAGACAGUUUCACUAUCACCACUCUUGUGAUUACCCUAAUAUAGCUCUAUAUUACGAUUACUAUGGUAUCUUUUUUGGUUGAUAUUUCUGUCAUCUUAUUAUAUUUUCUACUAUUUUGAAACCUCUACUUACUAUUGUGAUGUGAGAAGUGAAGCAGAAGUGCAGCCCUCGUGGUGUAUCUGUGAGAGAAGAGGAAAAGUAAACGAUGGUCUCUGAUGUUGACAGUGUGUUUGUGGGUGAAUGUUGGUAUGUGUGUGUGACUGGUGGAAUGCAACUGCGAUGCAACGGUUGCUAUUCACACUGCACAUCGUUUCCACAGUACAGUACCACUAAGUUUGUCAUGAGUUUAUACAGAAUUCAACUUGAUAUGGUGACAUUCUUAACACCAUUUGUUUUCAUAUAGAAAUAAUAGACAUUUGGGAACUACCACUUCUAAAGUCGCCAGCUCUUUCCUGUUGGUUUUUCUUAAACACGGGGACCAUAUUACCAUUAUGCUACUGCUUCGUGUGACAGCUUUUAUCACUUUGCACAACAAGGAAAGUAAACACCAGCGGGGAGGAAAUGACAUAUCUAUUCUCUGUCUCUCUUCCUAAAUAGCUGAAGAAAGCACACGUAAACUCACACAAAGCCCACUCAAAAAUGAAGGAGAGAGGACAAGGGAACAAAGAUAGAGGCGGUGCUCAUCUGUCAGUCAUCAUGAAUGUAAAUAAUCUGCUAUGGGAUCAUAUCAAUAAAAAUGUUUAUGAAACACUGUG